GGCCCACGCAAAAACACAUAGGUAAACACCGGCAAACAAGGGGGCGAACCCUCUGUGAAGAAGCGGGAGAUUGGUAGGCUCAGCGACGACGAGGACUUCGAAGAGCCCCCGCCAAAGAAGAAUCACAUUCACCUCAUCGUGGGUGGGAACACUGGGGGGGACUCCGCCACUCAGAGAAAGAAAUGGGCCCAAUCCCUCUACAUUGGGGAGGUGUCCCACGUUCCCCCCCAGCCGAAGAAGCAGCGAACGGAGGCGAUCACCUUCACCGACAAGGAUUUGCCUCCGGGGACGGAAUCACACAGGGACACCCUCGUCAUCCGAUGUGAGAUCGGUGACUCCAUCAUCCACCGCACUUACAUCGAUACGGGGAGCUCCGUCAACGUGAUGUACCUGGAUACCUUCUGGCAGCUGAAGCUGGACAGAGCUCUGUUGAAGCCGAUCAAGACACCGUUAUCCGGCUUCACCGGGGACUCUAUCGACGUCGAGGGCACGAUAGUCCUCCCCAUGGAGGUCGGUGACGGCCCCCACCGCGCCAGGAUUGACAUGGAGUUCAUGGUGGUCAACCUCCAGUGCGCCCACAACCUGAUCUUGGGACGGCCAGCGCUGGAGGACUUGGAGGCCAUCAUCUCCAUGAAGCACUUGUGCCUAAAGUUCCCCACCAAUGACGGCAUCGGCUACGCCAGAGGAAACCAGAGGAUAGCCAGAGAAUGCUACCUCAAGCUAACAAGGCCGGCCGAAAGGGAAGGACAGAGGAUAGACACCAUCACGGCAGCCGUUGCCAAGGACGAGGAGAGGCCGCAUGCCGAACCGGCCGAGGAGGUCGAGGAAGUCCCUCUGAAUACCUCCCGGCCGGAGCGGGUCCUCAGAAUCGGGAAGCAGCUCCCUCAGGACCAACGAGACGCCAUCCUCCUCGUCCUGCGGUCAUACGCCGUUGUCUUCGCGUUGGGCCCGGACGACAUGCCAGGCAUCAGCCGCCAGGUGAUUACUCACCGGCUGACCGUCGAUCCGGCCUCCACGCCCGUCAAGCAGAGGCGGCGCUACUUGUCCGCCGAAAGGCGGGACUUCGUCAAAGGGGAGGUCGCCAUGCUCCUCUCAAUCAAACACAUUAAAGAGGUGAAGUACCCGACGUGGUUGGCCAACGUCGUCCUCGCCCAGAAACCGCCGACAUUCAGAAUGUGUGUUGAUUACACUGACCUGAACAAGGCGUGCCCCAUGGACCCGUUCCCUCUCCCCAACAUUGAUCAGCUGGUGGACGAGACGACGGGGUGCGAGUUGAUGUCGUUCCUUGAUGCUUUCAGAGGGUACCACCAAAUCUCCAUGCAUGAAGAUGACGCUGAGAAGACGGUAUUCAUGACCCCAGAGGGAAUAUUUUGCUACCUCGUCAUGUCCUUCGGACUCAAAAACUCCGGCGCCACCUACACUAGGAUGGUGGCCAAGAUCUUCAGGGCGGUCCUUGGCCGGACGAAGGAGGCAUACGUUGACGACAUGAUCGUCAAGAGCAGGCAGGCCUCCUCCCACGCCGACGACCUCCGGGAAAUCUUUGAAAUCAUGAAGGAGUUCAGGCUCCACCUCAACCCCAAGAAGUGCGCCUUCGGCGUCCAGGGCGGUAAGUUCCUCGGCUACAUGGUCAGCCGGAGAGGCAUCGAGAUAAACCCGGAGAAGACACAUGCUAUCAUCAACAUGGAGCCGCCCCGCAACGUCAAGGAAGUACAACGACUGACGGGGCGCCUGGCGGCCCUGAACCGUUUCCUCUCCAGGUCAGCCGAGAGGGCAAUCCCUUUCUUCCAGAUCAUGCGUAAAGCCAACAGCUUCAAGUGGACGACGGAGUGCCAGGUAGCGUUCGAGGAGCUGAAGAGGUACCUAUCGUCCCCACCCGUGCUCUCCAAGCCCAAAGCCGGCGAAACCCUCUUCUUGUACUUAGGGGUGAGCACGUCGGCCAUCAGCUCUGUGCUCAUCCGUGAGGACGAAGGGGUGCAGAAGGCCAUCUUCUACAUCAGCAAGACGCUCAGGGAGGCCGAGCUCCGGUACUCCCCCAUUGAGAAGACGGUGUUGGCCAUCGUCCACACGGUGAAGAAGCUGGGGCACUACUUCCAAGCCCACGCCGUCCAUGUGCUAACCCAGCAGCCUCUCGGCGCACUCAUGAGGAGCCCCACCAGCUCCUCAAGGAUGGUGAAAUGGGCGAUCUUCCUUAGCCAAUUUCAAAUUGAGAUCAAGCCAAGGCCAUCUAUCAAAGGGCAAGCCUUGGCCGACUUCGUCACUGAAUGCACAGCAAGGGAGACAGCCGUUGCUAACCCUGGGCCGGAGCCGGACGAUACAUGGAUCCUAUUCACUGACGGCUCGUCGGCCGCGAAAUCAUGCGGUGGCGGCGUCGUCCUCAUAUCCCCUGAAGGAUUCAGAGCUUACUAUGACAUCCGCUUCAACUUCAGGGUAUCCAACAACGAAGCCGAGUAUGAGGCCCUCCUCAGCGGUCUCAGACUCGCUGCCGGCCUCAAGGCCAAGCAUCUCAAAAUCAAGUGCGACUCCAAACUGGUAGUGGGCCAGGUGGAGGGAUCGUACGAAGCAAAGGAGGGACGGAUGCGACAGUACAAACAGGCAGCAGAGGAGUUACUGAAAGCGUUUGAAACCCACGAGAUCACUCAGAUCCCAAGGGCCGAGAACGCCGAAGCCGACACCCUCUCCAAGCUCAGCUCAGACACUCCAAAGCACAUCUUCAGGAUAGCCAACAUCGAAGAGCUGAGCAUGUCUAGCAUUCAUGCCAGCCCUGUCUUAUACAUCCAACAGUGACCAGAGGACUGGAUCUCCGAAAUCGUCACCUUCAUCACGACGGGGGAACUGCCCCCGGACGAGGAGAGGGCCAAACUUGCCAAACUCAGGGCCCCAAGCUACACCAUUGAAGAUGGCAAACUCUACAAAUGAUCCUAUAAUGGCACUCUCCUCCGAUGCCUGCACCAGGAUGAGGCCGAUGUGGCCAUGGAAGAAGUUCAUUGUGGCGUUUGCUCCUCGCACCAGGGCCCUUUCAGCAUGUCCCGACGUCUCGUCGUCCAGGGCUUCUUCUGGCCGACGAUGGCGCGAGACUGUGCGGACCUAGCCAGGAAGUGUACCACGUGCCAGGUGCUCCAGAAGGGCCCUGGUCGGCCAGCCGUCAACUACGCCCCCGUCAGCACCGCAAUUCCAUUCUCUAGAUGGGGGAUUGACCUGGUCGGCCCCCUGCCCAGAGCCGCCGGGAACAACCGCUACAUCAUCGUCGCCGUCGACUACUUCACCAAGUGUGUCGAGGCGGAACCCCUGGCCAGCAUCACGGGGGCCAGAUGCCAAACAUUUGUUUACAAGAACAUCAUCACACGCUUCGGUGUCCCCCAGGAGAUUAUAUCAGACAACGGCACCCAAUUCGAGGCAGCCCCUUUUCAGGAGCUCCUCCGGGAGUUUGGGGUGAAGCAUCGUUUCUCCUCCGUUGCCUACCCUCAGGGCAACGGGCAGGUCGAGAACGCCAACAGGACAAUCAUGGAGGGGCUGAAGAAGAAACUCCAGGCCGCAGGGGGUAGUUGGGUCGACGAGCUCCCCAACAUCCUGUGGUGCUACAGAACCACGCCGAGGAGGGCGACAGGUGAAACGCCUUUCGCCCUGUGCUACGGCUUUGAGGCAAAGGCACCCACGGAAGUUGCCAUCCCCAGCCGGUGGGUGGAAAAAUACGAGCCUGACGCCAACGAAGAAAACAUGAAGAUUGACCUGCACCUGGUCGACGAGAGGCGUGAGCAAGCUUACGUCCGAGCAGAGAACUACCGGCGUCAAGUAAAAUCAUACUAUGACGCCAAGGUACGUUCCCGGAAAUUUCAAGUGGGGGACUACGUCCUCCGUCGAAGGGAAGCAAGCCAUCCGACAGAGGGUGGCAAGCUAGCAUUGAAGUACGAAGGGCCUUACAUCGUCAGUGCCAUGGUCAAACCCGGCACCUACAAGCUUAAACGCCCGAAUGGGUCCAAUGUACCACGAAUGUGGAAUGUACACCAUCUGGUGAAGUUUUAUCAGUAAUCCGAAGGAGGUGCAGACGGUGAAGCCCUCACCCCUUAACGGGUUACUGAUUGAACGCCACCCUCGGCCUCGAGCCACUUAUGAAUAAAAUCAUGUUCCUCUUGAUUUUUUCUCUGGAAUUUAAAGAAAAAUAUUAGCAGGUGCCCUCAUCGGCCACCUCAGAGCGAAAGACUCAGGUAUGGCCGAUAUGGCACCUUGCAUUUGCAACCUACGAAGCGACAAGCUCAGGUACUCCAUUGUAUUUUGUAUCAGCGAAGGGCUCAGGCCUAGCUGAGAGAGCACAUCGUCCUGGCCCCGUAAGCCUAGAGUGAAACGCUCAGGUAUGACCGACGAUGUCCCCUGGACGAGGGGUUCGCAAACGGCCCACGUCUUGAAACGGGAAGCUCACCGCGUCGUCCACGCGCCAGAUCGCAGGACGACACGCCUGAAAUCAUGGCCGAGGUGACAAAAUCCCAAAACUCAGGGAUGGGCAACGACAGCCGUUGGAAACCGACCAAAAGUCUAGCCCGCGUCAUAAAUAGGCGACGGGACCCGCCCUGAGAUCACGGACGUUAUAAACGAAGUCCGAACCGACCGAAGGACGAGCACACCCUUCGGCCGAAGCCUGAAAGAAGGAUACUCCCCUGAAAUAGGGAACAAAAAAAGGAGGGAAGCCGAGGACCGCGCGCACUUGCCGGCCUCGAGCAAUGAAAAAUAAAAUCCCCACAACUCCGGCCAAACUUGGCUAAGUACAUAUCAGUUGAACACAAGCGUAGUACCACUAACAGGUGACAUGGACGAUAUGGCCACACGUCCAUCACAGACAAGGGAAUCAUCAUGGACGAAGCAUACGCCUAUAAAAAAUUACAAUCCUGAAAGAUGAUCAGGACGAAGCGGACAGUAUCAAUCCUGAGGAUGACCAGGACGAAGCGGGCAGUAUCACAGCAUUCAAGAAACAAUCCCUACCGGCCACAGCAUUCCGGAUGGCCGUUACAGGCACUGAGUCCCAGGCUGUUGGCCAAGCGCAAGAUUUUUAGGGAUUUGUCCAAGUGUUUGCCAAACACUUAGAGAAAAUUCUAGGGAAAAAGGUUCCUCAAGAGAAUCCUGACACUCAGAGAAACUCUGAGGAAAACAAAAGGCACCCUCAUCGGCCACAAAGCCAGACCUUGGCCGAUGAAGGUAGGGCCGUCUCUUGGCCGACAACGAUACCACACGGAAGGAACUAUGUCUUGCAUUUAUACUUAGGAAAAUCUCUAAGUAUUUAAAUGGAGAAACUCUAGACGAAGCGGGCACCUGUAUACUCGCAGGCCGUUAGCUACCUGUGUCUUGCAUGUGUACUUAGAAAAAUUUCUAUGUUCAAAAUACUAAGUUCAACUUACCGGAGGCAAGGAAGGAAGACAUACAAGGCCGAAGGGGACAACAACCCGUGUACCCUUACCGGCCACAACACAAGGAUCCAGGCCGACCUUCCUGAUCAGAUCAGGAACAAGGGAACACGACGGCCACGAAAAACACUGGGCCGACAACAACAACAUUGGUUCAACACUUAGGGAAUUUCCCAAAGCAUUUGUCAACACUGAGGAGAGAUUCAAUACCAGGACGAUGAGAACACCCAUCUACUUGAAGUUAGACACUUAGAAAUAUUCUAACAAAAAAGAAGAAUGGGACAAUGCCAAGACGCAGCGGACACCUCAGCUUGCCCGCCUCAGUCAGGACGGAAAGAAAAACACCUAAGUGGAUAUAAAACACUUAGAAAAUUUUUGAAUGAAUCCCAAGUGUUACGACAGCGAAGAAACACCGGACAGGCCGACCAGGCCACCAGACUGAAUAGACUACCUCACGGACGUAGCAAACACUCGCGGGUGACCUAAGUUGUAACUUUUACACUUAGACAAAUUUCAAAAUUGAAAUAGCAAAAGGGAAUAAACAUACAAGACAUUCAAAGCCGAGCAGGACAGCAAAACGUUCAUUCAUAAACAAUUAAGUACAUGGGUGGGCGCUUCGGCCAUUACAUCAGAUGGGCAGAAAUAUAAGAUAAUUAUUUACAAGGUAGGGAACGGGGAGUAGCCAAUCAAGUCUCUUGGGCGCCUCCAUCAUGCCCAGCCUGGGUUUGCUCUCCGGCAUCUUCGGCUCCCUCCUCGACCUCAGUCUCCUGGCCGGCGGCAGCUGCAACACUGGUGGCAUCAUCCAGGAAGUCAAACUCGUCAUAAUCCGGCUCGCCGAGGCCGGAACUCUCGAUUGGGGCCUCCCUCUCCGAAAGAGGAAGCUUGGCCUGCUCCUCGGGAUCCUUCAUCAGCUUGGGAAGCUUCAGGUUCCGCCUCGCCCACCCGGAGGUAUAGUUCAUGGCUUUGAGGGCACGCGCCAGCCGCCGACACAGGAGCCUCUGCAUCCGCUCUUGGCCCAUGUUGUAAUACACGGCCAUCUCCCUGCCAAAGUACUCUUGGCCGGCGGGGGAGUUCAUUCCCCAAUCUUCAAGCUUGGCGGCCACCACUUCGUGGCACCAGGGGAGCCGCUCGUCGGCCUUCCAUCCCUCGGCCAAGAACUUUUGAACGGCCUCAUCGGCGGCCUUCACAGCGGUAGCCUCGGCCUCAAUCUUGGCCUUCACGGCUUCAUCAUUUUUGCGCCGUUCAGCCUCAAGCGCCCUCUGGCUCUCCUCAAGUUUGGCCAGGGCAUCGUCCCUGGCUGCAGCUGCCUCAUCGGCUCUCUUUUGCAGAGCCUUGGCAUCCUCCCGGAGCCGCUCCAAGCAGGCCACCGCCUCAUCGGCCGAGGCAGCCUUUUGCUCGAGCUCCUUCAGACGAGCAAUCUCCCGUUGCUGCCUCUCGUGGCUCUACAUGAGCAUGAAGGCACCCUGCACAACAAAGGCAAACAAAAACUCAGGCAAUGACUUCACCCGGACGACGAGAAAAACGACAAAUAAAAGGAAAGGGAACUUACUUGGACGAUGAGGUCCAUCCCGCCUUCGUACACCUUGACGUCCCCGAGCCUCUUGAGGUAGGCCCGAUCUUUGGCCGGCAUGGCCUGGGCCAGCACAUCAUGGCCGAGGACGCCAUCGUCAAAGACACCCCUGCCGACGGGGUACUCCACCAUUUUCUGGUAGGUGGCAGCGGCAAUCUCCUUGCCGGCCCUCUUCGUCCGUGGCUCCUGGACGAGAGGGAGCGAUUGGGCAGCAUCGCUUGGAGCAGCGGUAAGAUCCACAACGGGACCACUAUCGUCCACAUUUGGGACGGUCAGAGUGCUGACCUCAUCGGCAUGGGAAGGAGACGGUGCCCUCUUCGUCUUCUUAGUGACAUUCAGGCCAGCCUCGGUCAAUUUCUUCUGGCCGUCAGUGGGAGGCCUCUUCUUCUUGGAAUGGGCAGGCUUCGGGGCCGCACCAGCAGUAGCCCCGCCCCCCUCGGCCGCGGCACGUCUGGCCGCCUCGGCCGCCUUUGCAGCCAACUCCUCGGCCGCCUUGGCCUUGGCUAUGGCCAUGAUUGAACGGCGAUCCAUAACAAAAUCUACACAAAGGAAAAUGAACAGAUUAGCAAGGCAAAAGAACAAAAAACAAAGGAAGAAAGCCGGAGAAAGUAUUACCAUCGGCCUCAGCAGGAAUGCCCAAAUCCGGGCCGUCGGCCUCUUCGAAGGUAGUGGUCAUCCUCGGCCAAAGUUGGACAUCGUCCUCCUUGUCUCCAUACACAUAGUACCUGAAGAAGUCGAGGGCGGUCAUCUUAUAUUCGGUGAUGUAGUCUUUCACGUUCCUCGGCCCCCCUUCCAAGAACGCCUCCACCUGAGCGUCCAAGAUCGAACUCCUCGGCGGGUCGUGCAGAUUGAACCUCCCGGUGUGGCCGAGAGAGGGAAACUCAGUGCCAUUCUCACCAAGGGAUACAAAAACGAACUUGCUCUUCCACCCAUGAAUGGACGAAGGCAAGUCCGUGAAGCUCCUCUUCUUCGGCAGCUGUUGGAGAGUAGCAUAGGCCGCACAGUUCUUGUGGCUUCCUCGGCCGAUCUGAUAAAGAUUCAUGAACAGAGCCGUCGUCGGCCUGUAGCCCAACUCCUCACAGCGGAGCAAGAACCCCACCAUCAACGAGUAGCUGUUCGGGGUCAACAAGGCCGGAGGGAGUCCCACCAUGUCCAGAUAUUCGGUGAUGAAGGGAUGAAGGGGAAACCUCAGCCCCUUGGCGAAACUCAUCGGGUAUACUCCGAAGUAUCCCGGUGGCGGAUGGAGUACAUGGUCCGUCGGCCUGGGUGCCCUAACCCUCCCGAACGGCCCCACGUACAUCUGGGCAACUAAGUAGUCAGCCGCGCUGCUCUCCGGCUUGAUCAGGAAAAUAUUUGUGAGAUCCAGGUAGGAGACGCCCGGCCCACUCUUCGGCCUCCUUAUUCUCUUCGGCUUCUCUGCUCCCUUCACGGCAGACACCGGUCUCGGGCACGGAAUAACAGCGGAGGUGGACGCCCCGUCCACCACUCGGGACGCACCUGCGUCCUCACCUUUUGAAGACGAGGCGGACUCCUCGUCCUCAGCUUCGUCGUCCACCUGCUCUCCGGACUUGUAAGGACUUAAACGCUCUAUCUCUUCCUCGAACUCCUCAAGCACCUCAUAGUCGAGGGACCUAGUGGAGGGCUGGUCGUCGUACGGAUAGUAUUCUUCGUCUAAGCUCUUCAUCAUAACAACUAUUACGAGCCUAAGGGGAAUUACUUUGGAUCUAAGGCGUUUUGUCCACUAACACUAGAUCAAGGCUCAGGGAAGCAAAGUAUGCAAAGGAAUUGAAGAACAAGUCAAGAACUAACCUUGAAGAUAUGCAGAACUCGAAGAACACCUUGAAGACUCUCUCUCUCUAGAAAUUCGGGCAGCACCUCGAUAUCUCAAGAAUGCAAGUAAGGAACCGAAUCGGAGGAGGGGGGUAUUUAUAGACAAUCUCCAACGGUCACUACACGUGGCACCAUAUCAAUGGCCACCUCAGCGGUCACCUUCCCAGCAGCCGAUGAGGUGCCACCCCUUCAGAAAUGGGCCAGUCUCGUGAGCCAACCUACCGGCGGAGUAAAAGCCUACGGAUCACACGGACAACGAGCGCCCACAACGGCCUAUACAUUUGCCGGCUUCACAAGUGCCAGCUAGCACCCACAACGGCCUAUAUACUUGCCAAGUUCACAAAUGCCAACAAUAAGGAGAUGACAACGGCCAGGAACGUCAUGAACGCCCGUGACGGCCACAGAACCAAAGGAACAAAGAACCCGCACCCAUCGGCUCUCCGUAACGACCUUUGAUGAUAACUCUUUACAAGCGAUCUGCGCGCAAGGGUUAUCCCAUAGGGUUACCUUGGCCAGAAAAUCGCCAUAAGGGUUGGAUCCAGGGGCACUACGGAGAGGCCGCUUCGGCCAGGGACUCAAGCAACUCCUUCACCCCUCACACCCUUCGGCCUGAAGCAGUGGGGGACUGGGGGACUACAUCGGCCUCAACAAAACAAAAAGGAAAAAUGCAAACACAAAUAUAACCACAAAGCAUGGCCACAUCGCCCAUGUAUCACACGGCGCCUCGUCGGCCAAAGGCACAUAACGUCAUCAGCAACGGCCAACUGGCCACCUAAGGCAAGGACAUUCAUCGUCCCCCGCCAACAGUAAACCAUAAUGGGCUCUUCGGCUAGGGACACGAAAGCCAAUCAGCGACCGCCAAAAGGAGUGCGCAAGCACCCUUACCGGCCACCCAAAGGAAAGGACACCAUCGUCCUCGAAGCAAGGUUCAACCUCAACAGUCUCAUCGGCCCAAAUGUAAAUCUCAACCACCAACGUCCAAGAAAGGGAAAACGCGCCUUCAACGGCCACCAUCGAAGCAGGACACUCAUCGUCCCCAAACGAACACACCAAGGAAACAACGGCCUCCCCGUCCACAGCGAGGAGCAGGUGACGGCCAAGCACAGAACAAGGUCACCAAAAGGGAAACAGCGCCAACGCCGCAACAGCUGACGGCUUGGGAGUGCCCGCAUCGGCCAAAAGCACCAAAGCACGGGAAUCUACUCUCCUUCACUUCGUCUACGUCUCAGCUUAGAGAGUGGGGGACUCCUGAUGGAGUAUAUGGGUCUGAGCCCCCGGACCCACAUACUCAGAAGAACAGAAAGCACAAGACACUGAGUGGUGCCCUCGUCGGCCAAGGGAUCCCCGUCGGCCAGAAAGGUACCAACUCAGAAUAUGGUCCUGAAGCCAAGGAACCCGGGUGCCCUCGUCGGCCGCGCCCUCGUCGGCCGCGCCCUCGUCGGCCACGCCCUCGUCGGCCACGAAGACCUCACAGAACCGGAUUUUACACUUACUCAUUUGUACAGCCCAUUAGUGGCUUUGUAUUCGGCCCAGUAGCGGUCCAGUUGUAGAUGGGCCUCCCAAGCCCAAGGCUUGGGAGCCCAGCCCGUAUUUUCUCUAUAAAUACUCCCCUUGGGAGUAGUUAUAGGGGUUACAAAUUCAUUCUAUUGAAGCAUAUUACUGCAUUUCUCUCUCUAGCUCUCACUUCUCUCUAAAUAUACUCUAUCAAUGACCCUAUCUGAAAACUGACCCAACCACAAGUACCUUUUCCGUACUUUUCCCAAACAAUUUUAAGCUUAUCAAAUCUCAAAGUAAAAAAAAAUAAGAUAAUAAAAUGAAUAUGCACAUUUCAUCGAGUAAGAAUCUUUGUUUACAAAAAAAAAAUUAAAGAAAGAAAAUUUGAUGCAUUUAGAAUAAAGAUUGGGGAAAAUAUUUAUGAGUUUAUAUGAACUUGGAAACUCUUUUUGAUUGAUUGACAAGUUUCUUUGAUUGAGUGUCUUUGUCUAGACAUAAGAACAUGAGGAAAUUUCGGUUUUUAUUAAUAUAUUAUAUUAAGUAUAAUAGAGUUUAUUGAAAUAAAAUUUUAAAACGGUUUGGUCUGGGUACCCGUUUUUUCAAAUUUUAAGAACCAUUUGAUUCCUAUGUUUUUAAGGACCCACCCCGCCCUGAAUUGUUUGGGUUUUCUAAAAUUAGGACCGACCCUAACCCGCUCCUAACAUGUAUUACCCGGCCCGACUCGUGGUUUUUGUACCCGUUUGCCCACCCCUAGCGCACAAUACACGACAUAUGCUUUGCACAAAGCAGUAGCCAUCUCCGGCAUUACUGACGUCGCCGCCAUCUCCGGCACUGCCGCCAUAUCCGUCGUUAUUGGCACCGCCGCCAUCUCAUGUACCACCGCCAUCAACAUCUCAGGCUCUACCGGCAUCGCCGCCCAUUGCCGAUGUGUCAUCCGGUGUCACCGCCACCUAAUCGAACGUCGUCUUCACUCAUCUGCACUUCUAACAUAUUCAACAACACCGGCUGCAACCACUCCAAUCUGAGUUUAGAUCUCUGACCUGGAAAGAAGAGUAAAACAAAUUGCCAUGUCAUCUUACUAUCCUUAUAAAAAUACAAAAGAUGAAGAAUAUUGUCAUGUCAAGGUAAAAAGUAAUAAUACCAUCUUACAAUCCUUAUAAGCAAUAUUUGCCAUUUUUAUAAGGUCACAACUCUGGUACUUAUUUAAAAAUUGGGGUACCGUACCUACCAAUCACUUGAUUGGUCCAAAUCAUUAUAUCAUUUUUAAUUUAGAUUUAAAUAAUUCAACUGCAACAUUCUGAUUGGUCCAUGUGGACAAAUGUAUGGUACAUUUGUCGAGGUAAAAAAUUGCCAUCUUGCUAAAUAUAAUGUCAUAUAAAUGAUAUUAGUUUGAAAUCAAUGUUCAAAUCAUUUGUGAUUACUGGAAAAAAACAUUGUAAUUUUGGAGGGGCUUAAAAUUAAUCAUAAAUAAACUAAUAAAGUUCAAAAUUAUGAGCCCGUUUGGUAACACUGAGAUCGGCUGAAUCGGCUGAUCCUGAUGAAAUUUAUGAAAUUCUGGCUUAAGUGGCUGUAUUGGUUGAUUCUGCUGAUUUAUGGAAAAAAUAAAUUUAAAAUAUAUUUUAUUAAUAGAAUAAAGAAAAAAUUAUAUGUAAAAAUAGCUAAAAUGGUCUUCUAUAGUAACUUCA